CACUACAGAGGAGGAGAGACCUGAAGAAGAAACCCACGCUGUGACUGACUGGAUAACGUUUUGUAUUGAGGAGCUUACAUAAACAGUUUCAAAUAUGACAACACCAUCAAUUAUGAUCUCUGCAGCCGUUUUGGUGCUUUUGCUCGCGGAAGCUUCCACUUUUCAAGGCGCAUUCCCCCACCCAAACAAAUACAACCCAAACGAAUCGGAUGGAUGCCAACAGCCCGCCAUCAGUGGAAUACUUACCCGCGGACCGGGGCCUGUCACCGCCACCGACGAGGUGCUGGAGUCCAGUCAGGAGGCUCUGCACGUCACGGAGCGCCGGUACCUGCGGCUGGACUGGUGCAAGACGCAGCCGCUGAAGCAGACGAUCCAGGAGGAGGGCUGCCUGAGCCGCACCAUCAUCAACCGGUUCUGCUACGGACAGUGCAACUCCUUCUACAUCCCGAGGCAUAACUACCAGGACGGAGAAGCCUUUCAGUCCUGCUCUGCCUGCAAACCCAAAACCUUCAGCACCGUCACCUACACCCUCUACUGCCCGGGCCAGACACCCAGCACCAGGAAGAAACGGAUCCAGCGCGUAAAGCAGUGUCGUUGCACCACGAUAGAUACGGAUUAGACGGGAAACUGUCACAAAUCAAGGUUGUAAAUACCCGAUUCCACUGGAGGGAGACUGCAUCAUUGCAAAAAACAACAACUGGAAAGUGUAUUUUUAUUUAAAGGACACAUGGGAAACAGUUGGAAUAAUAAGGCGAAGAAGUAACCUGAGCCCUUGUUGUCAUUGUAAAGGAGAGAAGAUGAAUAUACAAACGUGGUUGAUUCCAUGUAUUUCUCCCUUUUCUCUCUAAAAUAGAUGAUACUUUAAGCUGUAAUCAAUAAUUCCUCACAUUGUCCAAAUAUCUCAUCUAUCAUUCAUCAGUCAUUGCUUUCACAAAAACAGCUUUUCCUUUAUCACAUUUGGAAGAUGUGUUAUUAUUAUGCAGUAUUGCCACUGAUGAUCAUAUUAGCAUGCAGGCUGAUGGAUCAUCUGAUUAUAAAGACAUUUGUUCCAAGGAUUGGGAUGGUUUUAUUGUUUCCACUGUGUGGGAUGUUAAGCUCAUCAUGAUUUAUUAUUUGUACAACCUGCACUGCUAAAUGCCACUUCUUUUAUUUUACAACUGUGUAUAAUAUGUGUAUCACGUCUUGUAAAGUUGCUCAUAAAUAAAACACACUAUGAAAUCA